GACUACUUAUUCAUGUCGUUUUUCUCCUUCCAAAAAUACAAAUGCAUAAUACCUACAAGAAAUAUUUAAAAAAUAAUUGUUGCAGGCAAACGCCCUCGAUUGAAUUUACGCCGGAAUACCUCUCAUUUGGAUACAUAUCACGCCGCCUACUACUUAUAAGAUACACUAUUUUUAUCAUCGAAUUUAGCAAUUUAACUGAAUGAACUUAAACAGCGAUGAUAGUUUUAUGACGAAUGCCAUCGAAAAUUAUCAUGUACCUACAGGAGAAAUCAACGCAACGUUAAAAUCACCAAGUGCAUGGUAAUUCGAAGGACAAUGCAAACGGCUUGACUAAAAAACACGGGUGCGUACAGGUUGAUCAUUUUACCCUCUCUGGAACAUAGUAAUUUGUACCAUGUGAUGGAUGCUAAGAGACAGGUAAAUGCAUGCACGGUUAUGUCAAUAGAUAAUGAAUGUAGCAGACGACUUCUAGCGUUUUUGUGAUGUUGUUCCGAAGUAAAAUGUUCCCAUGAAGAGGUGAUGAAAAUGACACACUGGUAUGAAUGAGACAUUACGACAACAACGUCUUCAACUUCGUCUCAAGUACCCAUGGUGAGCCAUCCAUACAGAAGAUUUUUUACGGAGCAACAUUGUAGGUAUACAUUCAUUUGCGCUCAUUCGUAUUUUGCCGGCUUACAGGCAGAAAAAAAUAUAAACAACCCGGUUCAAUAACAUGUGUAGAGUACAGGCGUAGCAAAACAGAAUCUAUGCUGCCUCAUAUUUGAGUCUGGCCCAACCGAAACAUUCAAUCGUUCACAACGGACUGAACAACACGUUUUGUUUGGAACCAAAAUUCUCCAUCGACGUCGUCGUUCGUAGUAGAGCAGAGCAGUAGAGCAACGAUUCUCCUCUCCCAUUUUACGGAACGACCUCGCUAACGUUUCGAUUCGACUCGACUCGACGAUACCGACAUGGUAAAAAGGAACCCUCGUUGUACGGUAGAUAGAAAACUGUCUCGGCAAAUCCGAGAGUCAUAAAAUGCGCUUAAGAAAAGUUUGUUUUGAUAAAAUCUAUGUUCUGCUUCUGAGCUGACUGACUGAGAUGGCCAUGGAAAAUCUCAUCCCGUUUCCCCCUAGAAAGAACGAAUGGAACGGAAAAUGAAACCUUUUUACUUGGAUUGCUUGCUACCUACUACAUAUUGAACGGUAGUAAAGCAAGUGAGCAAAAAUUGAGAGAAUAUACAGAUGAGGUUGAGUUUUACCAUCAAUAUGGGUGUACAUAUACACUCCACCCCAAGAAAAGGAAUAUAAUUAAUGCCAUGUCUCUCACAGUCAUUUUGAUACGAAAUGCUGGGUUCAAUCUGAACUGGCUGCGAUUCGAGCAGCCAUUUUCAAUUGAACUUUUGAGAGGACCGGAAUCAAAUUUUCGGUUGGAGGGAAAAUUUCGAUUUUUCAAAACUAAUUUUAAGUAAUCUAUAUUGAAUUUGAACAUCUACUGCCACGAUGAGUGAUAACGAUCCGCUUGAGGAGGAUUUCGAAAUCGAGCCGAUGGAGGAAUUCGAAGCGCUGGAGCUGGAGAAAAAAGUCAUCAACGAGUGGGGAUUGCAGCGAAGUUCGCUGAACAGAAUGAUUUAUUGCGGAAUUACGAUACGAUGCCUGGAGGUCAUACAAGAUGAAGAGAUUAAUGAGUUGUUCAAGAGCCCCCGGAUGCUGGGGCAGAAAGUCAUGUUCAAACAUAAGAUUAAAGAGUAUCAAUCAAACGAAUUACUUUCAACGGAAAUCAAUCCCCGGAAAAGGCGUCGAAUGUCUGGAGAUGAAAUUUACCCGAAAAAUUUCAAGCCAGACGAGCAUGAUGAAUCGAAUGAAUUGUUCACUCAGAUGGAUGUUUCUGCUAACCUCAAGUUGGAAAUGGACCCGCUGGAUGAUUACAGCGCCCUCCAGAUAUCGGAACCACAAGCACUUGUCAUGCCAAGUCUCAGACCGUCGAUGGAAAAUGGGAUACCCGUUAAGCCAACUACAGCAGCCAUCGAAGCUGGAAAGAUUCCGAUCCGACCGUCAGCUGAAGGUCUUCGCAAGCUACUUCAAUCCAGUCGUCAAGGUCAAUGGGUUUUAACGUACUACAACAUGUACCAAAGCAUGAAUCGAAAAACUCAAGCCGUGCUCACCCAUUGCAUCGUGGAGCAAUUCCUGGUCUACAACAUCAUGUUUUCGCACCGCUUGAUGCGCCACUAUGCACAAACCAUAGUGCAGCUGUUUCCCACCGAACUGACCGAUGUGUACUACAAGCCGGCUCAGAAUCUGGGCUGGAAGCGAACCUGUGCUUCCGGUAAGCUGAUGGAUCGCUGGGCUAAUCAGCGGAUGCGGCACAAGGAACGAUACCCGCAGCAGCGGCCGCGCAUCGUAGACGACAUCUACGAUCAGCGGUCCUUUGCCGAAAUGUCGCUGGUGAUGCGUACAUAGAGUACGCGGAAACCUUUUACUCUCUGUAAUCUUGGCAUAAUACAAACUAGUCAAAGUACUUUAAACUAA